AAUUUUAUUCAAAAAUGUUAUAAAUACAGAAGAAGAGAUUAAUAGACGCGCUAGAGUAAUUGGAUCGUGUUUUCAUCCAGAUAGAACUAAAAAUCCAAAAUGCCCAUUUUGGCUUAAAGGAAUAUAUAAAAGUCAAGGAGAUGAACUAUUUAAAUUAAUCUCAGAAUUCAAAGAACAUUUAUUGGAUAAUUUGAAUCAAUCCUCAGAAAGGCAAAAAAGGCUCAACAGAAACAAUUCCCAUACCUCAAUACUCUUUCAUAUCCAAAAAGUUUUCAUACUCUUUAUUUAUUCGUAUGCAAGUCCAUAUCUGAUAUACUAUUGUAAAAAAAGUAUUAGAUUAAAUAGUUCUGGAAUAUUGCACCCGUCCGUCGCAAGACCUAACCGUCGUCGCAAGAAACCAGACUAG